AUGAUACACCCUCUAUUUUCUGCCUCGCAGGCGCUUGCCAACCUGUUUGGGGAUCCCCGCAAUGCACCGGGGUUCGUUCUGAAGCCGCGGGAGGACUAUGACCCUGAAACCAAGGAGAGGAGGUACACCACGCCGGAGACGGGGACAUGGUGGCCUGAGGCGCAGGUGAGGGACAGAGGUGAGGGACAGAGGUGGGCGGACAGAGGAGAGGAGGUGUGA